AUGUCACGCAGCGCGAAACUGUCAUUUGUCAUUAAUAAUAUUUUAGGGUUCCGUAAAAUAAAUAUUCAUUUUACAAAUCUAUAUAGUAUUUCUAUCUGUUAAAUUAAGUACAUUACAUUUAUUCCCAUUAUUGUGUUCCUAGAUAAUGUAAUUAUUGUUUAAUAAGUCAUGGACGACACAGAAAGCACGACAACAUCCGCUGAUGAGAAUACAGGCAACUUGUGCGAUAAUCCAACAAGGGAUACACUCGCCGAGGGUUUGUUGGGCCUUUUGAAACCGACUGUGGACCAGCUAGACGACAGAGUUCGAGCUACUAGAAUAUCUCAACUGGAGUUGAAACAACAGAUAGAGUCGUUGAACGAAGAGCUACAGAAAGUGAGAGAGGCUCUAAAUAAUCACCCUGACUUAGACCCCUAUGUGAAGAAAUUGAUUGCCUGCAAGCAUAGAGUUACUGUAGUGCUCAAUGUUUUACAAGCAUCACAGGACAGAUUAAAUGAUAUAAGGCGAAUGAUACAAAAAGAAAAAACUGUCAAUACUGUCACAUCUCCGGAGCCUGAGCAGAGCACUAGCAGCAUAGCCCCAGAGCACGGCAGCAUCAACUGAUAGUCAAUAUGGAGACACC